AUGAAGGCGCUUUUACCAUUGAUCUUUCUGUUUUUUAUUAGUUCUCCAAGUUGCAAUAGGCACUACUACACAGGCAUUGAAGAAAGCAUUUGGAACUAUGCUCCUUCUGGUAAAAACAUGCUCAAUGGAAAGCCUUUUUCUGAAGACCUAGAAUUUCUACAAGGAAGUCAAGCAAGGAAGAGCUUUGUUUAUAAAAAGGCGUUGUAUUUUCAAUAUACUGAUAAUACAUUUCAAAGGAUCAUUGAAAAACCAUCCUGGUUGGGAUUUUUAGGUCCAAUGAUUAAGGCAGAGACUGGAGACUUCAUUUAUGUACAUGUAAAAAAUAAUGCUUCAAGAGCUUAUAGUUAUCAUUUUCAUGGACUCACCUACUCCAAAGAAAAUGAAGGUGCCAUCUAUCCUGAUAAUACAACAGGCCAGGGAAAGGAAGAUGACUAUCUGGAGCCAGGGAAACAAUAUACCUACAAGUGAUAUGUAGAAGAAAAUCAGGGGCCGGGCCCCAAGGACAGUAAUUGUGUGACAAGGAUUUACCACUCCCAUAUAGACACUGCAAGAGACGUAGCUUCGGGACUUAUUGGACCAAUUCUGACUUGUAAAAGAGGGACACUGAAUGGAGUCACUGAAAAAGAUAUCGACAGGUCUUAUUUUCUGCUGUUUUCUACAACUGAUGAAAGCAGAAGCUGGUAUAGUGAUGAAAAUAUUCGUGCAUUUACUGAAUCUGGCAAAAUUAAUACUAGUGAUCUCGGUUUUGAGGAGAGCAUGAGCAUGCAAUCAAUAAAUGGAUACAUCUAUGGAAAUCUGCCCAAUCUCACCAUGUGUGCUGAAGAUAGGGUCAAGUGGUAUUUUGUUGGCAUGGGUGGCGAGGCUGACAUACACCCCGUCUACCUCCAUGGACAAACUCUGAUCUCUCGGAAUCACAGAAAGGACACCAUUGUGGUCUUCCCCUCCUCACUGGAAGAUGCCUUCAUGGUGGCCAAGGGCACUGGAGUGUGGAUGCUGGGAUGCCAGAUGCAUGAGAGUAUGCAGGCAUUUUUCAAAGUAAGUAAUUGCCAGAAACCUUCAACAGAAGCCUUCGUUACUGGGACACAUGUUAUACAUUACUAUAUUGCUGCUAAGGAAAUUCUUUGGAACUAUGCUCCAUCUGGUAUAGAUUUCUUCACUAAAAAAUAUAUAACAGCAGCUGGAAGUACAGCUAGUCCACAUCCCUCCCUAAGGAAUCUGGUUAUAGCACUCCCUGAAACAAAAAUCUCCCCACAAUUUGUUGACUCAGAAGCCAACACAUCAGAUCCUGACAAUUCCUUCAGAUUUAUGUCCCCUCCCACCCCUACACUGCAGAAUUUGCUUCUUCUAAAUGGCAAAAAAGGAGUAGACAAAGAGUUUUACCUACUUGCCACAAUAUUUGAUGAAAAUGAAAGUGAUCUCUUGGAGGAAAAUAUCAGAACGUUUAUCACAGAGCCUGAAAACAUAGAUAAAGAGGAUCCAGACUUCCAAGCCUCAAAUAAGAUGUACUCCAUAAAUGGAUACACGUAUGGAAAUCUGCCUGGAUUGGAUAUGUGCUUAGGAGACAACGUUUUGUGGCACGUUUUUAGUGUAGGAUCAGUGGAAAAUUUACAUGGGAUAUAUUUUUCAGGAAAUACCUUCACUUCUUUAGGAGCAAGAAAGGACACAAUACCUGUGUUUCCUCAUACUUCUCAGACGCUUUGGAUGACACCUGAUUCUAUAGGAACUUUUGAUUUGGUUUGCAUAACGAUAAAACACAAUCUAGGAGGUAUGAAACAUAAAUAUCACGUGAGGCAAUGUGGGAAGCCAAACCCUGAUCAAACACAAUACCAGGAGGAGCAAAUUAUUUACAUUGCAGCCGAGGAAAUGGAAUGGGAUUAUUCUCCUAGCAGAAAGUGGGAGAAUGAACUCCACCGCUUACAAAGAAAAAGCCAAACGAGCAUGUUUGUGGAUAAAAGUGGAACACUUCUUGGGUCCAAAUACAAGAAAGUCUUAUAUCGUCAAUAUGAUGAUGACACAUUCACAAAUCAAACAAAAAGGAAUGAAGAUGAAAAAUAUCUUGAUAUACUAGGUCCAUUAAUAUUGCUCAACCCUGGUCAAAAAAUUCAAAUUAUCUUUAAAAAUAAAGCCUCAAGACCGUAUUCUAUUCAUGCUCAUGGAGUGAAAACAAAUAAUUCCACUGUUGUUCCAACUCAGCCAGGAGAGAUUCAAAUAUAUAAUUGGCAGAUACCCGAUAGAACUGGUCCUACCUCACUGGACUUUGAAUGCAUACCUUGGUUUUACUAUUCAACUGUAUCUGUGGCUAAGGACCUUUACAGUGGACUGGUAGGCCCUCUGAUUGUAUGCCGCAAAGACAUCAACCCCAACAUAGUUCACCGUGUUCUCCACUUCAUGGUUUUCGAUGAGAAUGAAUCGUGGUACUUGGAAGACAAUAUCAACACCUAUGCUUCAGAGCCAAACAAAGUGGACAAGGAAGAUGAUACUUUUCAACUCAGCAACCACAUGCAUGCAAUUAAUGGAAGACUGUUUGGAAAUAACCAAGGUCUAACAUUUCACGUUGGGUAUGUAGUGAAUUGGUAUCUGAUUGGCACAGGAAAUGAAGCUGACAUGCACACAGUUCACUUUCAUGGCCAUAGCUAUGAAUACAAGGAUUGGGGAGUGUAUUCAUCUGACGUUUAUGACCUUCCUCCUGGGGUCUAUCGAACUGUAAAAAUGUAUCCAAGAGAUGCUGGAACCUGGUUAUUUCAUUGCCAUGUUUUUGAGCACAUUGGUGGUGGAAUGGAAAGCACUUACACCGUACUUGAAAAAAAAGGGCUGAUGGAGCGGAGCCUCUGAAACAGAGAAAGGAGAGUCUGCAUGAACAGUUUCUCAGAAUCUUCUCUCAAUAUCAGGACUACGUUUGUCAACAAAACCAAAAACUGAUUAGCCACCAAUAUAAUUUUUAUCUACAACAUCCUAUUAAUGUCAAUAAUAUCAUUAUUGAUACAAUUCUAAUAAUCAUUACCCUUAUUCCUAUCAGUGUUCAUGCACAUUCUUAGUAAAAGAGACUUUGGUGUGCUGUCCAUGAAAUAAAUCCCCCAUUGCUAACACUCUUUCUUUGGGAAAGUAGAUUUUGCAUUUCAAAGAAUAUGAAGUCAAGUUUGAUUGGA